UGGCAGCCCAGGAGGUGCACGUCUAGUAACUUCCCAUGGAGGCCGGGUACCGUGCCCAUGUGCUGCAACAAGCAUUAUAUUUCCACAGCAAAUCUUGAGCACACAUUAACUUAAUAGUUUCUACGGUCAGAAGGGGCCUGAACAGAUCAUCAAGUCCAACCCUCUGCCCUUAACACAGGCAGCAACUGAAUGUAGUUUGAAAUUAAAUUAGAUUUGCAAAUAGCAUCAAAUCAGCCAGAAGAGGUGUAUUUUAUGAAAACCGGCACGGUGUGUUUUCAGUCUGCGCUCCGUGAGUGUGUUGUGAACAUUGCUGACCAGAAAUGUUAAGAAAAUCACUUUUCUAGUUGUAGGGUCAGAACGAGAACACAACAUAAAAUGGAAAGCUUGGAAGUGCAGAAAAUACAGUGUGAGAUGAAGACAGAUCUGAAUUUGCUUCUUGAAUGUCUUAAAUAUCAAAUGGACAGCCCUACUUCUCAAAAAGAGGCCUUGGUCACUAUUUAUUCAAUCUGUCAACAAAACAGUGAUGCAAGUAAUUAUUUGCGAGAGAUUGGUGGUUUGACAUUCAUAACUGACCUUGUAAAGUCAAGCGUGCAUUGUAUGGUAAAGGAAGCCGCCUUAUUUACAUUAGGAGUUAUAAUUGAAAAUAAUGUUUACUGUCAACAAAAUAUGUGUGCUUCUGGAUUGUUUGAAGAUCUCGUUUUGUUCUUAAUGAAUAAGGAUUCCAGUGUAAACUUGAAAAGAAUGUCUGUAUAUGUUGUUUUAGUAUUGGUUUCAAAUAAUAAGAGUGGGCAAACUCACGUCAGAGAAACAGGCUGCAUUGGUGUUCUGCUACAGUUAUUCAGAACAGCUCUUUCAAUAUCUGAGAUAAAUCUGUCAGAUGAAAAUAUUAAUCAAUAUUAUCAACUGUGGUCUUCAGUCUGCAGUACUCUAUGUGCAUGCGUUAAUAAUCCUCAAAAUGAAGAGAAUCAGAAAAUUUGCAGUUCACUUUUCCCUCAUACAAAACAGUGGCUAGAUAGAUGCAUAGAGCCAGAGAUAGUUCGUCCUAUUUGUUCAUUUGUUGGACUCACAGUUGCAAAUAAUUCGCACGUACAGAAAUAUUUUGUUUCCAUUGGUGGAUUAGAUAUUUUAGCUAAAGUUCUUGUCAAGCUGGUAGAUGACUCAUUUAGAAACUACGCCAGCACAAAACUUGCAGUAGUAGUGACGAAGACUCUGGAUGCCUGCAUUGCUGAUAACUCUGCCAUAGGUGCCGUACUGUCAAAGUAUCACAUUGUGCCAAAGCUACUGAGGUUGCUGACUUAUGACACUCUUGAUUCAGGAGAAAAACUUAGUCUUAUUCUUGCUAUUGGACAUUGUACAGAAGUUUGUGAAGAAAAUCAGUAUGAUCUACUGAAGAACAGUGGCCUUCCACUUAUGAUUCAGGUAUUAACUGAGCCUCAGGAUGAAGAACUAAGCAAAGCUGCUAUGUUUGUGCUGCAAAACUGCAAGCAAAUGACUGAGAAGUUGUCUCUGAAAAUCAGUGAAGAUUCUUUGCACACGAAUAAUACAGAAGACUUAGAAAUGAACCUACAAACUAGAGAGAGGAAUCUAGAAGACUACUGGAAGAAAGCAAAAGAAAUUUUACACAGACUAAACUUGCUUGAAAAUGAGCAUUAUGAGGAUACUUGCAGAAGCUUUCAUACCAGGGAAACAGAACAUAGUAAUCAAAAGCAGGAUCUAGUAAAAGCUGUAGAGCAUGUGCAACAUAAGGAAACAACGUGGAAAAAGAACGUGUGUCAAAAGUUCUGUAAUCAACGUGAUAGAAAUGGAGAUGAAAAUCCCAAAUUAUGCCAGACUGACAAAACCAGAAAACAGUGCUGUGAAAUAUCCCCAGAAUCAUGCAAGGAAAUCUGGAGGCACGUUGAUCUGACUGUAAUAGAAAGUGAUGCUGGAAUACAUACACACAGCCCAUUAAUGGACAGAACAAGGAGAAAAAUAUUUGUUGAUGUACUGCCAGAAGCAAAUAUGCCAACAGCAUCGAAAUACCAUGAUGUAGAUGCCAGUGAUCAAAAAAGUCAUGUGGAUGGACUGUGUAAAAAAAUGCAGUGCCCACAGAUGAAUUGUCAGUUGCAUGAUUUAGUCAGUACUACAGCUGUAAAUGAUAAGUCACGAAAGAAUGGAAUAUUAAAAGCUGUGAAUCCAGUAAAUGCUUCUAUGGGGCAGAGUGAACAAAAUAAUACUUUAUAUUCAGUUGAUAAACUGCAAAGAGGUAGUGUGCUGUCUGAUCUUCAUGGGCAUGAAAGAACUGCUUGUGAGAGGGAACAGUCUCUUCUUGAAACAAGUGAUCAUUUGUUUAAACAACCAGCACUGACUCUUAACACACAACAGGCACAAAUAGCAGGUGGAAAUAAAGAAAUAAGUAUUCAGACUACUUCUGCAUCUCCUAAAAAGUCAGAUUUAAGGUGUAUGGGGUGUGUAAAAGUAGGACUGUCUCUGAAUAGCAAAAAUUUUAGCAAGAUGUUGCAGACUUGUCCAUACCAGUGUGAUCGUCACAGAGUCAUUCUGGAAGCUGAGGAGAGAUACAAAGAGAAACUAAAGAAACUGGCUUUCUGUAACAACAGUAGUUCUACACCUUAUCAAAAAAUAGUCUUGACCCCAAUUAAGAAAGGAAGCCUGAAUACAGAGUCAUCGACCUUCAGAAGCAGAAUUUCACAGGAAAGUCUCCAAAGUAUUCUUUUGACUCCAAUGAAGAAAGCCAAAACUGGUAGGUCAAAUGGAAAUGUCAAGCUGAACAAAAAUAUUCAGUUGCCAGAAAAGUAUGAUCUUAUAGCUACAUGUCCAAAAAUUCUCCAGACAGACCAAGACAAUAACUUGAAAAGCCAGAAAAUCAAAGAGGUUCACCAGACAGAUCACGAGAGCCUGAAUGGAAAACGUGUCUACUCAUUUGAUGAAGAUGAGAGUAAUGAAAGUCCUUCAUUAGCUAUGCACACAGGAACUUUACAAAAGAGGCAGCGAAGACCCCGGAAAGAUUUUACAACUGAAGAAAUAAACUAUCUUUUGAAUGGUGUAAAGAAUAUGGGCAAUCACUGGAAUUUAAUUUUAUGGUCCUACCCAUUUCAGAAAGGACGGACAAAUGUUGAUCUUGCCAAGAAAUACCACAGGCUACACAUGCAUGUAAUUGAAAUAUGAAGAAACAAAGUAAAGAAGAUCAUUAACCUGUUUCUGGAAUGCUUAGUAUUCUGUCAAAGAAUUUGAAAGAACAAAAUUAAUAGUAUAAAUGGCAUUUAGGUAAUGCUUAUGUGCAUAUUACAGAUGUUACUUAAAUUAUUUAAUUCUUUAUAUUUUACUAGCACUGAAAAAAACAAAAGCCUAGUAUUCACCUGCAAGAAUAGUUUUGUUUUGCAAGCUUAAAUGUAAUUUUAAAUUUAUUAGGUACAUUAUAAUUGUGAAAAUGCUUAUGUAAAGUACACUUUAUACCAAUAAAAUAGAAACACAUUUGC